AACAUCACAUAAUUCAACAUCUACCUCAGUGAUGGAUGAAAUUACCAAGUAUGUUUCAAAAAUCCCAAGUGAAACAUCACUGCCUGUAACCAGUCAGAUGUCAAUGAGUACCACUGUUUCUUCAACUCCAACAGCAAAUACCAAUCAAUCCAUAGAAAGUAUAGCUUCCACUACAUCAAACGUUUAUUCAAGUGAUGUCACCACAACUACAUCAACAUCAGCAACCACUACAAGCAAUGCCACCACAACUUCCACCUCAACAGUCACUUCAAGUGAUGUCAAUUCUCCCUCAACUACAUCAGCAGUAACUUCAACUGUGACCACCAUUCCCUCUACGCCAACAGUCACAAGUGAUACCCCCAGUCCCGCAACAGUCACUCAAAGGAAUGCCUACACUCCCUCUACUAUGUAUACAGACUCUUCAAAUGAUGCCACCACUCCAUCAACAGUCACUUCAAGUGAUGCCACCACUCCCUCAACUACAUUGACAGUCACAAGUGAUUCCAUCACUUGCUCUAAUACAUCAACAUUGGCAGUCCCUUCAAGUGAUGCCACCACUCCCUCAACAGUCACUUUUCCCUCCACUACAUCAGCAGUAACAUCAACUGUGGCCAACAUCCCUUCUACUACUUCGAAAGUCACCUCAAGUGAUGCCACCAAUCCCUCAACUAUGUCUACAGUCACUUCAAGUGAUCCCGCAACUCCCACUAAUUCAUUGACAGUCACAAGUGAUGUCACAACUCCCUCAACUACAUCAAUAGUCACUUCAAGUGAUCCCAAAACUCUGACUUCUACAUUGACAGUCAAAAGUGAUGCCACCACUCGGUCUACUAUGUCUACAGUCAUUUCAAGUGAUCCCACAACUUCCACUACUACAUUGACAGUCACUAGUGAUGCCAUCAUUCGCUCUGCUAUAUCGACAUUGACAGUCCCUUUAAUAAGUGAUGCCACCUCUCCCUCUACCAUGUAUACAGUUACUUUAAGUGGCAACACAUCAACACCUACUUCAAGUGAUGCCACCCCUCCCUCAACAGUCACUUCAACUCAUGUAACUUCUCCCUCAACUAUGUCUACAGUCACUUCAAUUGAUACCACCCCUACUACAUCAACAGUCACAAAUGAUGCCCUCACUCGCUCUACUACAUUGAUAUCAAAAUUACAUUCAAGUGAUGCCACUAAUACCUCAACAGUCACUUCAAAUGAUGCCAGCAGUCCCUCAACUAUGUCGACAGUCACUUCAAGUGAUAACAAAACUCCCUCAAUAGUCACUUCAAGUGAUGCCACUACUCCCUUGACUAUGUUGACAGUCACUUCAAGUGAUGCCACCACUCCCUCAACAGUCACUUCAAGUGAUCCCUCAACUCCCACCACUACAUCGACAUUGACAGUCUCUUCAAAGGAUGCCACCACUCUUUCAACAGUCACUUCAAGUGAUGCUACAUCAACACACACUUCAAGUAAUGCCACCACUCCCUCACCCAAAUCAACAGUGUCUUCAAGUAAUGCCACCACUCCCUCACCCAAAUCAACAGUGUAUUCAAGUAAUGCCACCACUCCCUCACCCAAAUCAACAGUGUCUUCAAGUAAUGCCACCACUCCCUCACCCAAAUCAACAGUGUCUUCAAGUAAUGCCACCACUCCCUCACCCAAAUCAACAGUGUCUUCAAGUAAUGCCACCACUUCCUCACCCAAAUCAACAGUGUCUUCAAGUAAUGCCACCACUCCCUCACCCAAAUCAACAGUGUCUUCAAGUGAUUCCACCAAUCCCUCAACUACGUCAACAGUCACAAGUGAUGCCAUCACUCAUUCUACUAAAUCGACAUUGACAGUCCUUUCAAGUGAUGCCAUCACUCCCUCAACAGUCACUUCAAGUAAUGCCACCACUACGACAUUAACAGUCACUUCAAGUGAUAGUACAUCAACACCCACUUCAAUUGAUGCCACCACUCCCUCAACAGCAUCCCCAGUCAUUCAAAGUAAUACCAUUACUCCCUCAGCUACAUCGACAUUCACUUCAAGUCAUACCACCACCACCACUACAUCGACAGUAACAUCAACUGUGGCCACCACUCCCUCAACUACAUCAACAGUCACUUCAAGGGAUGCCAACACUCCCUUAACAGUCUCUUCAUGUGAUGUCACUACUCCCUCAACUACAUCAAUAGUCACUUCAAGUGAUGCCACCACUACUCCAUCAACAACAGCAGUCACUUCAAGCAUUGCCACCGCUCCUUCAACAUUCACUUCAAGUGAUGCCACCACUGCUACACCAACAGUAGCUUCAACUGCAGCCACCAUUCCCUCAACUACAUCAACAGUCACUUCAGAUGAUACUACAUCAACACCCACUUCAAGUGAUGCCACCACUCCCUCAACUGCAUCGACAGUCACUUCAGAUGAUACUACAUCAACACCCACUUCAAGUGAUGCCACCACUCCCUCAACUGCAUCGACAUCAACUUCAAAUGAUGCCACAACUACUACACUGACAUUAACAGUCAUUUCAAGCGAUUCCACCACUCCCUCAUCUACAUCAAUAGUCACUUCUCGUGAUGCCACAGCUACUACAUCAACAUCAGCAUUCACUUCAAGUGAUGCCACCUCUCCCUCGACAUCAAUAUUUACUUCAAUUGAUGCCACCUCUCCCUCGACAUCAACAGUCACUUUAAGUGAUGCCACCUCUCCCUCAACUACAUUGACUUUCACUUCAAGUGUUACCACCACUACUACACCAACAGAAAUAUUAACUGUGGCCACAAUUCCUUCAACUACAUUGACAGUCACUUCAAGUGAUGACACUACUGCUUCAACAGUCACUCCAAGUGAUGCCACCAAUCCCUCAACUACAUCAACAUCAACUUCAAGAGAUGCCACCACUACUACAUCGACAUUAACAGUCACUUCAAUUCAUAACACCACUAUUACAUCAACAUCAGCAGUCACUUCAAGCAAUGCCACCGCUCCUUCAAAAUUAGCUUCAAGUCAUGCCACCGCUACAACAUCAAUUUCAGUAGUCUCUUCAAGUGAUGUAACCACUCCCUCAACAGUCCCUCCAAGUGAUGCCACCAAUCCCUCAACUGCAUCGACAUCAACUUCAAGAGAUGCCACCACUACUACAUCGACAUUAACAGUCAUUUCAAGCGAUUUCACCACUCCCUCAGAAACCACUUCAAGUCAUGCCACCACUACUACAUCAACAUCAGCAGUCACUUCAAGCGAUAACACUGUUCCUUCAACAUUUACUUCAAGUGGUGCCACCGCUACUACAUCAGCAUCAGCAUUCAGUUCAAGUGAUGCCAUCUCUCCCUCGACAUCAACAGUCUCUUCAAGUGAUGCCACCAGUACUAUAUCAACAUCAGCAGUCUCUUCAAGUGAUGCCACCAAUCCCUCAACUGCAUCGACAUCAACUUCAAAUGAUGCCACCACUCCCUCAUCUACAUCAGCAGUCACUUCAAGCAAUAACACUGUUCCUUCAACAUUCACUUCAAGUGGUGCCACCGCUACUACAUCAACAUCAGCAUUCAGUUCAAGUGAUGCCAUCUCUCCCUCGACAUCAACAGUCACUUUAAGUGAUGGCAGCACUCCCUCAACAGUCUCUUCAAGUGAUGCCACCACUCCCUCAACUGCAUCGACAUCAACUUCAAAUGAUGCCACCACUCCCUCAUCUACAUCAGCAGUAACUUCAAGCGAUAACACUGUUCCGUCAACAUUCACUUCAAGUGGUGCCAAAGCUACUACAUCAACUUCAGCAUUCACUUCAAGUGAUGCCACCUCUCCCUUAACAUCAAUAUUCACUACAAGUGAUGGCACCUCUCUCUCGACAUCAAUAUUUACUUCAAUUGAUGCCACCACUCCCCCAACAGUAGCUUCAAGUGAUGCCACCGCUACUACAUCAACAUCAGCAGUCUCUUCAAGUGAUGCCACCACUCCCUCGACAUCAAUAUUCACCUCGAAUAAUGCCACCUCUCACUCAACUACAUUGACAGUCACUUCAGACGAUACUACAUCAACACCCACUUCAAGUGAUGCCACCACACCCUCAAGUACAUUGACAGUCAGUUCCAGUUUUGCCACCACUCUGUCAACAGUCACUUCAGGUGAUGCCACCUCUUCCUCAACUACAUCAACGGUCACUUCAGGUGAUGCCACCACUACUACACCAAGAGUAACUUCAAAUGCUGCCAUCAUUCCCUCAACUACAUCAACACCCACUUCAAGUGAUACCACCACUCCCUCAAGUACAUCGACAGUCAGUUCCAGUUUUGCCACCACUCUGUCAAUAGUCACUUCAGGUGAUGCCACCUCUUCCUCAACUACAUCAACUUUAACUUCAAGUGAUACCACGACUACUACACCGACAGUAACAUUAACUGUGGACAGAAUUCCCUCAACUACGUCGACAGUCAGGUCAAGUGAUGCCACCACUGCCUCAACAGUCACUUCAAGUCAUGAUACCAAUGUUACAUCAACAUCAGCAGUAACUUCAAGCGAUGCCACCGUUCCUUCAAAAUUUGCUUCAAGUGAUGUCAACUCUUCUAAAUCAUCAUCAGCAGUCACUUCAAGCAAUAACACCGUUCCUUCAACAUUCACUUCAAGUAGUGCCACCACUCCCUCAAGAACAUCGACAGUCACUUCAAGUGAUGCCACCUCUUCCUCAACAACAUCGACUUUAACUUCAAGUGAUAUCACCACUACUACACCGACAGUAACUUCAACAUUGGCCAACAUUCUCUCAACUACAUCGACAGUCACUUCAAGUGAUGCCACUACACCCUCAACAUUCACUUCAAGUGGUGCCACCGCUACCACAUCAACAUCAAUAGUCACUUCAAGUGAUGCCACAGCUACUACAUCAACAUCAGCAGUCACUUCAAGCGAUAUCACUGUUCCUUCAACAUUUACUUCAAGUGGUGCCACCGCUACUACAUCAGCAUUCAGUUCAAUCUCUCCCUCGACAUCAACAGUCACUUUAAAUGAUGUCACCACUCCUUCAACAGUCUCUUCAAGUGAUGCCACCGCUACUACAUCAACAUCAGCAGUCUCUUCAAGUGAUGCCAAUCCGUCAACUGCAUUGACAUCAACUUCAAGUGAUGCCACCUCUCACUCAACUACAUCGAUAGUCACUUCAGACGAUACUACAUCAACAACCACUUCAAAUGUUGCCAUCACUCCCUCAACUACACUGAUAGUAACUUCAGAAAAUGCCACAUGGACACCCACUUCAGGUGAUGCAACCUCUUCCUCAACUACAUCAACAUUCACUUCAAGUGGUGCCACCACUCCCUCAACAGUAGCUUCAAGUGAUGCCACCGCUACUGCAUCAACAUCAGCAGUCUCUUCAAGUGAUGCCACCACUCCUUCUACAGUCACUUCAAGCAAUCCCACCACUCCCUCAACAGUCACUUCAAGUGAUGCCACCUCUCCUUCUACAUUCACUUCAAGCAAUCCCACCACUCCCUCAACAGUCACUUCAAGUGAUGCCACCACUCCCUCAUCUACAUCAAAAGUCACUUCAAGUGAUGCCACAGCUACUACAUCAACAUCAGCAGUCACUUCAAGCGAUAUCACUGUUCCUUCAACAUUUACUUCAAGUGGUGCCACCGCUACUACAUCAGCAUUCAGUUCAUAUGAUGCCACCUCUCCCUCGACAUCAAUAUUCACUUCAAUUGAUGCCACCUCUCCUUCUACAUUCACUUCAAGCAAUCCCACCACUCCCUCAACAGUCACUUCAAGUGAUGCCACCUCUCCCUCGACAUCAAUCUUCACUUCAAGUGAUGCCACCUCUCACUCAACUACAUUGAUAGUCACUUCAGACGAUACUACAUCAACAACCACUUCAAAUGUUGCCACCACUGCCUCAACAGUCACUUCAAGUCAUGAUACCAAUGUUACAUCAACAUCAGCAGUAACUUCAAGCGAUGCCACCGCUCCUUCAAAAUUUGCUUCAAGUGAUGUCAACUCUUCUAAAUCAUCAUCAGCAGUCACUUCAAGCAAUAACACCGUUCCUUCAACAUUCACUUCAAGUGAUGCCACCUCUUCCUCACCAACAUCGACUUUAACUUCAAGUGAUAUCACCACUACUACACCGACAGUAACUUCAACAUUGGCCAACAUUCUCUCAACUACAUCGACAGUCACUUCAAGUGAUGCCACUACACCCUCAACAUUCACUUCAAGUGGUGCCACCGCUACCACAUCAACAUCAGCAUUCACUUCAAGUGAUGCCACCACUCCCUCAACAUCAAUAUUCACUUCAAGUAAUGGCACCUCUCCCUCGACAUCAAUAUUCACUUCAAGUGAUGCCACCAAUCCCUCAACUGCAACGACAUCAACUUCAAAUGAUGCCACCACUACUACACUGACAUUAACAGUCAUUUCAAGCGAUUCCACCACUCCCUCAAAAGCCACUUCAAGUGAUGCCACCACUCCCUCAUCUACAUCAAUAGUCACUUCAAGUGAUGCCACAGCUACUACAUCAACAUCAGCAGUCACUUCAAGCGAUAUCACUGUUCCUUCAACAUUUACUUCAAGUGGUGCCACCGCUACUACAUCAGCAUUCAGUUCAAUCUCUCCCUCGACAUCAACAGUCACUUUAAAUGAUGUCACCACUCCCUCAACAGUCUCUUCAAGUGAUGCCACCGCUACUACAUCAACAUCAGCAGUCUCUUCAAGUGAUGCCAAUCCGUCAACUGCAUUGACAUCAACUUCAAAUGAUGCCACCUCUCCCUCGACAUCAAUCUUCACUUCAAGUGAUGCCACCUCUCACUCAACUACAUCGAUAGUCACUUCAGACGAUACUACAUCAACAACCACUUCAAAUGUUGCCAUCACUCCCUCAACUACACUGAUAGUAACUUCAGAAAAUGCCACAUGGACACCCACUUCAGGUGAUGCAACCUCUUCCUCAACUACAUCAACAUUCACUUCAAGUGGUGCCACCGCUACUGCAUCAACAUCAGCAGUCUCUUUAAGUGAUGCCACCACUCCUUCUACAGUCACUUCAAGCAAUCCCACCACUCCCUCAACAGUCACUUCAAGUGAUGCCACCUCUCCUUCUACAUUCACUUCAAGCAAUCCCACCACUCCCUCAACAGUCACUUCAAGUGAUGCCACCACUCCCUCAUCUACAUCAAUAGUCACUUCAAGUGAUGCCACAGCUACUACAUCAACAUCAGCAGUCACUUCAAGCGAUAUCACUGUUCCUUCAACAUUUACUUCAAGUGGUGCCACCGCUACUACAUCAGCAUUCAGUUCAAAUUAUGCAAACUCUCCCUCGACAUCAAUAUUCACUUCAAUUGAUGCCACCUCUCCUUCUACAUUCACUUCAAGCAAUCCCACCACUCCAUCAACAGUCACUUCAAGUGAUGCCACCUCUCCCUCGACAUCAAUCUUCACUUCAAGUGAUGCCACCUCUCACUCAACUACAUCGAUAGUCACUUCAGACGAUACUACAUCAACAACCACUUCAAAUGUUGCCACCACUGCCUCAACAGUCACUUCAAGUGAUGCCAUCACUCCCUCAACUACACUGAUAGUAACUUCAGAAAAUGCCACAUGGACACCCACUUCAGGUGAUGCAACCUCUUCCUCAACUACAUCAACAUUCACUUCAAGUGGUGCCACCACUCCCUUAACAGUAACUUCAAGUGAUGCCACCUCUCCCUCAACUACAUUGACUUUCACUUCAAGUGUUACCUCCACUACUACACCGACAGAAAUAUUAACUGUGGCCACAAUUCCUUCAACUACAUUGACAGUCACUUCAAGUGAUGACACUACUGCUUCAACAGUCACUCCAAGUGAUGCCACCAAUCCCUCAACUACAUCAACAUCAACUUCAAGAGAUGCCACCACUACUACAUCGACAUUAACAGUCAUUUCGAGCGAUUCCACCACUCCCUCAGAAACCACUUCAAGUCAUGCCACCACUACUACAUCAACAUCAGCAGUCACUUCAAGCGAUAACACUGUUCCUUCAACAUUUACUUCAAGUGGUGCCACCGCUACUACAUCAGCAUCAGCAUUCAGUUCAAUUGAUGCCAUCUCUCCCUCGACAUCAACAGUCUCUUCAAGUGAUGCCACCGCUACAAUAUCAACAUCAGCAGUCUCUUCAAGUGAUGCCACCAAUCCCUCAACUGCAUCGACAUCAACUCCAAGUGAUGCCACCAAUCCCUCAACUACAUCAACAUUCACUUCAAGUGGUGCCACCGCUACUACAUCAACAUCAGCAUUCAGUUCAAGUGAUGCCAUCUCUCCCUCGACAUCAACAGUCACUUUAAGUGAUGGCAGCACUCCCUCAACAGUCUCUUCAAGUGAUGCCACCUCUCCCUUAACAUCAAUAUUCACUACAAGUGAUGGCACCUCUCUCUCGACAUCAAUAUUUACUUCAAUUGAUGCCAGCACUCCCUCAACAGUAGCUUCAAGUGAUGCCACCGCUACUACAUCAACAUCAGCAGUCUCUUCAAGUGAUGCCACCACUCCCUCGACAUCAAUAUUCACUUCAAAUAAUGCCACCUCUCACUCAACUACAUCGACAGUCACUUCAGACGAUACUACAUCAACAUCCACUUCAAGUGAUGCCACCACACCCUCAAGUACAUUGACAGUCAGUUCAAGUGUUGCCAGCACUCUGUCAACAGUCACUUCAAGUGAUGCCACCACUUUCUCAACUACAUCAACGGUCACUUCAGGUGAUGCCACCACUCCCUCAAGUACAUCGACAAUCAGUUCCAGUUUUGCCACCACUCUGUCAACAGUCACUUCAGGUGAUGUCACUUCUUCCUCAACUACAUCAACCACCACUACUACACCGACAGUAACAUUAACUGUGGACAGAAUUCCCUCAACUACGUCGACAGUCAGGUCAAGUAAUGCCACCACUGCCUCAAGAGUCACUUCAAGUCAUGAUACCAAUGUUACAUCAACAUCAGCAGUAACUUCAAGCGAUGCCACCGUUCCUUCAACAUUCACUUCAAGUGGUGCCACCACUCCCUCAAGAACAUUGACAGUCACUUCAAGUGAUGUCACCUCUUCCUCAACAACUUCGACUUUAACUUCAAGUGAUAUCAACACUACUACACCGACAGUAACUUCAACAUUGGCCAACAUUUUCUCGACUACAUCGACAGUCACUUCAAGUGAUGCCACUACACCCUCAACAUUCACUUCAAGUGGUGCCACCGCUACCACAUCAACAUCAGCA